AUGUCGCAGCCUACCGUCUACUUCAUCACAGGCGCCAACCGCGGCAUCGGUCUGGCUAUCGUCUCCACGCUUGUCGCCCGCCCCAACGUUGUCGUCUUCGCUGGUGCUCGUGACCCGUCCCGCACCGGCGAUCUCAAUGCGCUUGCCAAAGCGCAUCCCGACCGCGUCCAUGUCAUCAAGGUCGUCUCCGCAGACAAACAGAAUAACGAAGUAGCUAUUGAGGAAGUCAAGCAAGUGGCAGGGCGCCUCGACGUCGUGAUUGCGAACGCAGGUAUCAGCGAUUCCUACGAGCCCGCUCUCGAGGUGCCGACGGAAGGCAUGAACAGGCAUUUUGAGGUCAACACGAACGGACCACUCGUCCUCUUCCAGGCGGCAUAUUCGCUCCUGCGCCGAAGUGCGACCCCAAAAUUCGUCACUGUCUCCUCCGGUCUUGGCAGCAUCGCUCUGGCCGGCGAGCUCUCGGUUAACAUGUACGCCUACGGCGCGUCUAAGGCCGCCGCGAACUGGGUGAUGCGCAAGUUGCAUCACGACUUUCCUGACAUGGUUAUAUUUCCUAUCAGUCCGGGCAUGGCCGCGACUGACAUGGCGAAGGAUGGGGUUGAGAGGGAACCAGCCAUGAUAGAGCUGCAGAAGGCCCUUCCACCUAUCACCCCUGCGGAGAGUGCGCGGGGUAUUCUCGAGCAAAUCGACGUCGCGACGAGGGACACGCACGGCGGGCAGUUCGUCGACUACAGCGGUCUGGGAAAGUGGGAGUGGUAG